CUUGAGGCAAGCACACAUCUCUCACCACACUGCUGGCUGACUUUGCCGUUGUUUGAUCCCCGUCACUUCGAGACCUCAGAGACAUGCACUUUGAUAAAGCGCCAAAGGAGAAGCCUUGUUGCAGCCAGCCCACAGUGAAGGAACUGUUGGAGCAAAAAAGGAAGCGAGAAACAUCCUCCUUGUCGACUUCCUGCCCCCCAAACACAACCAGCCCUGUUGGUUCAAACAUGCUUGCAAUAUGAGGGACACCUAUUUCUUGCCAUUCUCUUCCAGGUGCAUCAAGCAGCUACACGGACAUGGACUAUGAGCAAUGCCCACUCAUGCAGGAGCCCACUGUGUCUUACGACCCCAACCAACUAGAACCGAGCUUUCCAGUGGGCUACAACGUCCCACAGAAUUCAGGUUUCGGCUCCCAGCAGCAGCAACUUCAAGGGUUUGGAGGCGUUGCGUCAGAAACAUAUGAGGGCCUCAUGGCAGCUGCCGGACAGAGUGCAGUUUCCUCCUGGUCUCCUCUCGAGCCUGGUCCGGCCACUUUAGGAGCAUGGUUAGAUGACAGCACACUGGAGAAGGCCAGAAGGCUGCUGAGAGACAUGCACUACAGCAGAGUCGCGGGCCAGGAUGAGGACGGAGACACAAUCUUGCACAUCUACACCGCCAAGGGACUCAGAGAGUGGGCCUUUGCUGCUGCGGAGAAGCUGAGGGAUUUGGGGAAGCUUGAUGCCAAAGAGCACAAAGGCAAAACUGCCUUACUGGUGGCGGUGACAGCCAACCAUCCUGACAUUGUGCACGAUCUGCUGUCGUUUGGAGCAGACAUCAACGCUUGUGAUGUCAGAGGUCAAAGCGCUCUUCACCUGGCUGCCCACUAUGGGUACCCUGGGGUACUGCAGGUCAUCCUUUCAUGCAGACCUGCAGUCCACCUUGAGGCCAGAGAUUUUGAGGGGAUGACUCCUCUGCAUUGUGCAACCAUCUCUCACUGCGUCACCAUGAAGGCUUUAUCGGCCAGUGGGAUGGCGGAUGGUCACCUGCAGAGCAAAGCUGCAGAGAAGCUCUCCUGUGUGCAAAUGCUUCUUGAUGCGGGCGCCUCUCUACUCAGUCAGGAAAUCAAAAGCAACAAGACGGUGUUGCACUUGGCUGUGAAGGAAGGUAACGUGGACCUGCUCCACUACCUGCUGAGCAUCCGUCUGCACAACGUCAAGGACUUUGUCAACAUGAAAGCACACGGCCACACGGCUUUACACAUGGCGGCCUGUCUCCAUGGCAACCCCCAGCAGGCACAUAUCCUGCAACUGCUGCUGAGCCGAGGAGCCGAUCCCAGCAUCCGCAACCUGGAGAACGACCUGCCCGCUCGCUUACUGCCGGGCGGCCAGCAGGGGGAGCAGCUCAAACUCUUGCUGAAGAAACGAAGCACGCCGACUCGCCGACGUUUGCCAACCUGGCAGGACCACCAGGAAUGACUUGUGGUCAUGUGACACGCAGUUAAUCUUCCAUGAAGAAGGCUAGUCACAUUCACCACACGCUAAUUCACAUUGGAUUCUAACUCAUGCGAUUUGUUUCACACAUUAUGAAGUCAACGUCAUUGGCCACAACUUUAGACACACCUGCACAAAAUCCCACAUUUUUUUAAUACAAUUUGGGAAAUCUCCAAUAGAAAAACCCUGUAAUGUUUUUGUUAAAAAAAGUCCAUACUCUGCACCUUUUUAGCUCAGUGUCUGCCCUGAGACUGGAAGGUCGUGAGUUCAAACCCCGGCCGAGUCAUACCAAAGACUAUAAAAAUGGGACUCAUUACCUCCCUGCUUGGCACUCGGCAUCAAGGGUUGGAAUUGGGGGUUAAAUCACCAAAAUGAUUCCCGAGCGCGGCCACCGCUGCUACUCACUGCUCUCCUCACCUCCCCAGGAGGUGAACAUGGGGAUGGGUCAAAUGCAGAGAACACAUUUUACCACACCUAGUGUGUGUGUGUGACUAUCAGUGGGACUUUAACUUCAACCAGAUUCUCUCCGCACCAAAUAAUAUUCUGGGUUGUUCUUUGGCUCGUGCUCCAGUCGCCUACAAGUAUGGGAAAUUGGGAAUUUAAAAAAAUGGGGUAAUUACAAUACCACUCUAUUACUUGGGGAAAAAAACAAAGAAUAUCAGAAAGCCCAAAGUGCAAAAUCCAUGUUGUGAUUAGUUCAUUCAUGCUAAAGAUGAAUGCUUGCAAGAUUGAUUGUAGUGCCAUAUUGGGGCUCUGAGCAGGUUUUUAUUUGAGAAAUUGAUGUCAUUUGUCUUCACAUAUGAAGUAUUUUUAUUUUAGUAGGAUAAUUAUUAUUUUAACUAUGCGAGUAUGCGCUCCCUUGUGCAAAACGAGGCCCCCCAUCGGUCGUAUGGCCCCUAAGAUGGCCCCUGCACUUCCCUAUUCUCCUAUGUUCUGCUGCUGACUGUUUUUCCUCCUCUUUGACAUCACUGCUCCUCAUCUGGCAUGGUGGCAUCACUAAACAUAAGACAAAGCCAAAGAAAAAGUUUGUUGAAUGAAUCCUUAAAAAGCGCACUGAACUCCCCCAGUGGUUGGUGUGUGUAUAAUAAUGCCAUGACAUUAUUCGACACCCCAUCGACCGGCCAAUGAUUUUUGUGAAAAUGCACGCGAUCGGCCACUGCCAAUUAAUUUCUUUCAAGGCCGGUUACGUCUGGGCGAUAUUAAAUUUUUGGUCUCAUCCGAUAAACGUGCCUGUCAACUGUAUUAGUGUGGAGAUGCUUCCCUAAAUUUAUAAAUAAAUACCUAUUUUGUCAAACUGCAUUUCUUAAGUAUGGUUAUCAUAUAAAUUUAUAACAUUUGCAGUUAAGCCAUGUGAUUGGUAUCAGCUGAUCUCACUCGUGGUAUCGGUGUCUGACUCGGCAGCAUAAAACCCUCACCGAAACUUCCCUAAUUUCCAUGUAUAUUUGGAAGUUAUCAUUUUUGGAUAGGUUUCUUGCUUUGAAGGCCAGCCACCCAAUUGUGCAAGUGUACCUAAAGUUGUGUCCAGUGAGUAUACAUUUAAGUCAAAGAACUUCUGUAGCUCAUAGUUCUCGUUUUCCCCAACACUUUGAUUUCUGUGAAAUCAUCAGUAUGACCUUGAGGGAGUCCCUGCAAGAGCCAAACGAUCACAUUGAUGAGAAAUCGGAAAGCUGUCUUCAAUUCGCACUUUCUCUUCUUGACUUGUUGAGAACAUACGAUUUGUUUGCAUCGUCCUUAAGGAUGGAACAAUCAUAACUUUUACUGUGUAAAAACUAGUGGGACUGUUCUGAAUGUUCGAUGACAAAUGCAUGACACACACACCUUAACACUCAUGCACACACAGCGGGCAGUGAUGAGUCACGAUUAAAAAGUACAGGGUGUUGUGUUUGCGGCUCAGGUGUACACGCGGUGACACAAAUGAGCAGCGUUGUUACAGGCUACACUUCACAUUCACUCUUUAGGAAUAUUACAUUUUCAAGAAAACACCUCAUCACUUACUUUAAACUUUGACUGGAAUUGAACUGA